GGCGGGGCUCAAGGGGUGGGGCCAAGCCAAAGGGCUCUCACACUAAGUGAAGCUUCUCCAUUCUGUAAGCUUUCCCGGAACAUCCAAGGCAAGACUGGCACCCAGCACAGCAGUGACUGACCACAUACCCCACUCUCCAGGACCCAUGGAGUCCUUCAGCUCAAAGAGUGUGGCACUGCAAGCAGAGAAGAAGCUACUGAGUAAGAUGGCGGGUCGGUCUGUGGCUCAUCUCUUCAUAGAUGAGACAAGCAGUGAGGUGCUAGAUGAGCUCUACCGUGUGUCCAAGGAGUACACGCACAGCCGGCCCCAGGCCCAGCGCGUGAUCAAGGACCUGAUCAAAGUGGCUGUCAAAGUGGCUGUACUGCACCGCAAUGGCUCCUUUGGCCCCAGUGAGCUGGCCCUGGCUACCCGCUUUCGCCAGAAGCUGCGGCAGGGUGCCAUGACGGCACUUAGCUUUGGCGAGGUAGACUUCACCUUCGAGGCUGCUGUUCUGGCUGGCCUGCUGAUCGAGUGCCGGGAUGUGCUGCUGGAGUUGGUGGAACACCACCUCACGCCCAAGUCACAUGGCCGCAUCCGCCACGUGUUUGAUCACUUCUCUGACCCAGGUCUGCUCACAGCCCUCUAUGGGCCUGACUUCACUCAGCACCUUGGCAAGAUCUGUGACGGGCUCAGGAAGCUGCUAGAUGAAGGGAAGCUCUGAGAGCCCUGAGUCUAGCACAUUCCACUUUGACAAAAUGGCUGACUGAGAAAACACAGAUAAUGAGCUUCCUAACCCUGCUCAGCUGCCACUAACGCUUUUCAAUCUUCAGGCUUCAUUCCUUCCCAAGAGUGCUUUUGACUCUGAGACCAGCCCAUCCCCAAACAGCUGGUGGAGAAGGAGCAAUGCUGAGGGGUAAGGCCUCUCUCCCACUCCAGCCCCAGGACAGGAAACAGAACUGCCUGAAAAAGGUGAAGUGAAACUUGGAUCUCUAUUUCUCCCAUAAGGGACUUCUGAAACAGGGAAGCCCCCUCCCAUGUGAACCAAGGAAAGGAGGCACAGCCCAGAGAACCCCUUUGGGGACACUAAAGACAGAAGAGGGGAAGGUGACCCUUAGAAACAGAGCUUGGACAGAUGCCAGAGGCUCUGUUCCAGCGUGCAGGAGGAAGGGGCUAGGGCAGGGGAGAUUCUCACAGGGGAAAUAAAACUACUAGAAUAUGCA